AUGGUAGGAUCUGAUCGUAGUGACUGUUUCAAGCACUUCAUUGAAAGGCUUAAACAAAGAAUCCAAGGGUGGAUGGAAAAACAAUUAUCAGUUGGAGGUAAAGAAAUUCUUCUUAAAGCUGUGGCACAAGCUAUUCCUGUUUUUGCUAUGUCUGUCUUUUGUCUACCAAAAGGUAUUUGCAAGGAAAUCACAGAUAUUAUUGCUAGUUUUUGGUGGGGAGAUGAUGAGGAAAAUAAUAAAACGCAUUGGUAUUCUUGGUGGAAAUUAUGUUACCCAAAGAGUGAAGGUGGUAUGGGCUUCAGAGAUCUAUACUCGUUUAAUUUGGCAUUGCUAGCUAAGCAAUGUAGGAGACUUAUUACUUCACCUGAGUCACUUUGUGCACGAGUUCUUAAGGCAAAAUACUUUUCAAAUGGAGGCCUCUUACAAGCAUCUCUAAAAAAUAGAGCUUCAUUCACUUGGCAAAGCAUUAUGAAAGGUCUUGAAGUGUUCAAAAAAGGCUAUAUUUGGAGAGUGGGCAAUGGGAAUGAAAUCAACAUAUGGUCAGAUCCAUGGAUUCCUUCUAGUCCCAACAGAAUGAUCAUCACGCCCAGAGGUCAAACAGUCGUAUCGGUGGUGAGUGACUUGAUUGAUCCUCACACAGGACUUUGGGACGAGCAACUCAUUAAUAUGAUUUUUAAUCCCGUCGAUGCUCGAAGGAUUCUGCAAAUCCCCUUAAGUCUUCAUGCAUUUGACGAUUUCAUCGCAUGGCACCCCGAUAAAAAAGGGAUGUUCUCCGUUCGAAUAGCUUAUAGAAUCCAAUGGUUACAUAAAUUUGGGGCACAUGAAAAUGACAUCAGUCGACCGGGAGGUUCUUCUACUCCAGCGGUAUGGAGUACAUUAUGGAAGCUACAAAUUCCAUGUAAAGUUUCAAUAUUUUGCUGGCAUUUACUACACGGAAUUCUGCCCCUAAAAGGUAUACUCGCUAAUAGACACGUUGGGGCAAUUGGAGGGUGUCCAAUUUGCCACAAGAGCUCUAAAGAUAUUCGUCAUCUAUUCUUCACGUGUAUUCAUUCAAGAGGUAUGUGGAGCCGACUUGGAUUGAUAGAUUUCAUCAACACCGCAACAAAUGUUGAUAGAUCUGGGUCGGUUAUUAUGGAGUAUAUCUUGUUUAUUGAUCAAACGCCACUACCUCUAAUGCCGACAUUGGAGAUUAAACAGGUCGUAGUGGUGGGAUGUUGGUACCUCUGGUGGACACGCCGCCUUAUAACACAUAAUGAGAGCUGCCCGCCGAUGGUAAGAUGGCCUUUGUCGGUCUUGGCAAUUACAAGAAACUAUCAACGAGCCAUGGCAAAGAUAGUUGUGACAGAAGAGGAAAGAUGGUUGAAGCCAGACCCAAAGUUCAUCAAACUUAAUGUGGACGCGGCCUUUUUUGCGGAGCAAGGAGUUGGAGCUACGGCAGAAAUUAUUAGAGAUGAACAAGGUAUUUUCCUUGCAGCUCAAUGUAAGUUUAUCCCAUAUGCAGCGGACGCAAUGACAUCAGAGGCAAUGGCGAUGAGAGACGGACUAAACUUGGCAAAUAGCCUAGGGUUCCAGCGAGUUGAAGCGGAAUCUGACUCUCUAACGGUGAUCAACUGUUGCUCCGGUCAGAGUACUUGGUGGGACGUGGCGGCAGCGAUAUUCGCGAAAUGUGUGGACAUCUCUACCUUGAUUGGGAAGGUCAACUUUAAGCAUUGUUUUCGAUCAGCAAAUCAAGCGGCGCAUGUGCUAGCUAAUUUUAGUUAUUGUAAUAAACUUUCUUCUAGUUGGACUGAUGAGCCUCCAGAUUGUCUGGUGAGCAAGCUCGUAGACGAUGUAUCUUUAUGCAUUAAUCAAUAA